CUGGGGGUGGGGAGGGAGACUCGGGGGUCGUGGUGGGGGGGGAUUUACAGCACCGGAGCAGCUGCAGAGCAGCGCCCGCCCGCCCGGGCCCGCCCUCACCGCUGGCGUCGAGAUGAGCGGCAGCAGUAACAAGCGGGCUCCAACAACAGCAACGCAAAGACUGAAGCAGGACUAUCUCCGAAUAAAGAAAGACCCAGUGCCUUACAUCUGUGCUGAACCCAUCCCAUCGAAUAUUCUUGAAUGGCAUUACAUUGUUCGAGGCCCUGAGAAAACUCCUUACGAGGGUGGCCUUUAUCAUGGAAAACUAGUUUUCCCUAGAGAAUUUCCCUUCAAACCUCCUAGUAUUUAUAUGAUUACACCAAAUGGAAGAUUUAAAUGUAACACCAGGUUAUGUCUUUCAAUCACUGAUUUCCAUCCAGAUACCUGGAACCCGGCUUGGUCUGUCUCUACAAUCCUCACAGGUCUCCUUAGCUUCAUGGUAGAGAAAGGUCCCACACUGGGCAGCAUUGAAACUUCAGAUUAUACAAAAAGACAACUUGCUGCUCAGAGCAGUGCUUUCAAUCUAAAGGAUAAAGUGUUCUGUGAGCUCUUCCCAGAUUUGGUGGAGGAAAUAAAAGAAAAGCAGCGAGCGCAAGAAGAACUAAGUACCAGGACACAAGCUCUGCCUCUGCCGGACGUCAUCCCUGACGGUGAAGUGCACCAGAAUGGAAUGCCGCUUCUUAACGGGCACGCAGUCCUGCAGGCUGCCAACCACCAAGGCUUGCAGCAGGCCAACCGUAACCAUGGACUCCUCGGGGGAGCUUUAGCAAACUUGUUCGUCAUUGUUGGUUUCGCAGCCUUUGCCUACACGGUGAAAUACGUGUUACGGAGCAUAGCACAGGAAUAGAACUGCGGAAGAGACCAAACCGUUGCAGUUUUGCGAGCAAACGGUUCUCCUUUUUUGUGGGGGAAAGGUUUCAGAAGGGGAUGAGUGUUUCCAGACUGUACGUCCUGCAGUGAUGUAAUUAAAAUAUUACAACAGUUGCAUAUAUAUAUAUAUACACACACGCGCGCACACACACACACAAAAAGUGACCAACGACAGCCUAUGGUUUUCUUUCACAGAUGUAUGGAUCAGCGGAACGAACUGAAGUAAGUUCAUAAGCGAAUAAGAAUUUGCAGAAGGUUUCAAUUUUAUCGUGCCGGUCACCCAUAUUUUACAGAUGGUGGCAAAUGUGACAACCCCCCCCCCCCUCCCCUCCCCCAACCCCUUGAGGUUUGUUAAUUAUGCUGAAUUUGGAAGUAGUGCAGUUUCAAACAAAAAAAGGCCACAUUUUACAGCAGCGUCUUCAGAUUUUAAUACUUCUAAGUGAUUUUUAGAAAAGCCAUAACCCAACAAAAAACAUAAAUAAAGUUUUAACGUACUUGUUAGUGUUCAAAAUAUAUCGGAAACCUUUCCGGAGUAACGGCAAAAAGAAAUCCCGGGUAAAAAAAAAAAAGUCACGAACCGUAAAUGACAUUUAUAAAAUGUUCCUUUUUUUUUUUGUUCGGAGCUAAAAAUUGUGUCGAACCAGUGACCAACACGAGAGAUGCAGACCUUGUGCACAUUCCUACAAAUUUAAUUACAAGCUUCUCAGUAGAUGUUCCAGGUCGGGAUGGCCCGAAGAGCGGCCCUCGGGGUGGGGGGGCCCAUCCGGCCCUCCACCCUCGCUCCACCUCACCUGGCCCACCCAUUUCCUCCAAUAAUCUGUAAAUGUUUUGUUUCUGGAAGGGAAGCACGACAAUGUUGUUCGCGAGGCCCACCGACGUUUCUCAAACGGGGCAUUCGGCCCUCAGCAGCCGAAAGGUGAUUGUUCCGGGUGAACCUCUGUAACGCCAGGGCAGAAACAAUAAUUUAUAGGUUUGAGUUACCGUCUUAUUUAUAAUUGGUUUCCACAGUAAACGAUGCUUCGAGUUCCACCCACCCCUGCUUCGAAUAAUCUCGUGUAAUGACUAGAUUUGCUGCUUGAUCAGUUGCUUCUGGAAGAUGUUAAUUUUGUGUGUCUGUCUGUCUGUCUCUCUCUCGCGUAAUUUAUAAUUUUGCAAUAUUUUUCCAAAAAAGGAGCCUGUAUUUUUUUUUAAAAAGAAAAUGUAUGGGCUUUAACAGUUGAUGCAGUUUUGCAGAAUUAAUUCAUCGGCAAAAAAAAUCUUUCUCUCUCAAGUGUCACUUCAGUUUUGAGGGUGAUGGUAAAUAUUAAAUUAGGGUAUUCAGAAUACUGUUCAACAUUUUCAUUUCUAACGAGCAAUAGAAGCUAUGCUAGAUUUAUACUUAAUCGAAGCAGUAAAAUUUUUAUGGUUUUUGUCAAAUUAUUUAAAAGCACCUGAAUUCCUGAACGUAGCUGCAUUCUCGUGGCACUUGGCUGUAAAUUGCAAUUGAGCAUGUUCUGCAUUAUUAGCAAUAAUUGCUUUGUAAAUUGACUCAAUAAAAUUUACAGGAUAUUAUCAUCUCUAGUUUUAACAUCAAUGAGAAGCUUUAAAAAAAAAUCUUCCAGAAUACAUUCUUAUUUUCCAUGAAUCCUUUAAAGACUGAUGGGAUUUCUUUUUUCUUUUUUUGCACCAAAAUAAAAGCAUAUGGCUAAAGUUUACAAAGUUUUGUUCUGAAAAUACUUAGAAUGGAGAACUUCUUUUGUGCUUAAAUAGGUUUCUUCAGUUCUACUUUAUAAUGUACCUUAGAGACGUACAAUGUAUUUGUAUAGCUAUUAGAAAAUGUGUGUUUUGAAAGCUGCAGUAGAAGGUUAAAAUGGCUGUGCAUUUUGGAUUUAAUUAUUGAAACUGAACGAUGGAAAAUGACUCAUUAAAUUGACGAGGUGUAUGAGGACUCUUGCUGUGCAAAUGUUUCUGCUUCGGGCACAGGAGUUGCAGGAUGUACUGUUGUCACUUUAAUUGUUCAAUGUUCAAUUUAAACUAUUUAGCACUA